AUGUCUGAAUCAGGCCAAAUGAUCGAGUACAUCCAAGACCGCCUGUAUUUGGCAUCUUAUGACUCGGCUCCAAGCUCGAGAACACCAUUCCCUUAUCCUCUCGACCAGCCUAAGUCCCCGAGCAAGCGGUCUCGCGCUCAACAGCCUACCACGCCGACUAGCAAGCGCCGAUCUCCCGUGUACUUCACCGUCGACGAUACUCUCCUUUACAAUGCAUUCCAUGCCGACUUUGGUCCCCUUCACAUUGGCCACCUGUACCGAUUUGCGGUCCUGUUCCACGAAAUUCUCGGCGACCCCGCCAACAGCGACCGACCUGUGGUUUUCUACAGCAAGACUGAUGCUCGUAGUCGUGCGAACGCUGCCUGUUUGGUCGCAUGCUACAUGGUUCUGAUUCAGUCUUGGCCACCCCAUUUGGCCCUUGCGCCAAUUGCGCAAGCCGAUCCCCCAUACAUGCCAUUCCGUGAUGCUGGAUACAGCCAGGCGGAUUUUAUCUUGAACAUCCAAGAUGUAGUUUACGGAGUCUGGAAAGCUAAGGAGAAGGGUCUGUGUGGUUUGCGGGAUUUCAACCUUGAAGAAUACGAAAAGUUCGAGCGCGUCGAUAUGGGUGACUUCAACUGGGUGACACCCAACUUUCUCGCUUUCGCCUCUCCUCAACACCAGCCUAUUGCGCCAGUUCCCGCGAACACACCCGAGUACGAUGAACUACCCUCUUCAAUUUCCGAGGUCUGCUCUUCAAAAUUGCCUCUGCCAUUCAAAAACGUCCUUGUUCACUUUACUACUCGCAAUGUCGGUCUUGUCGUGCGAUUGAACUCGGAACUCUACAGCCCAUCUUACUUCACAGCUAUGGGAAUCGCUCAUAUUGAUAUGAUUUUUGAAGAUGGCACUUGUCCUCCUCUGCAGCUCGUGCGCAAGUUCAUCAAGAUGGCGCACGAGAUGAUCACAGUCAAGGAAAAGGGAAUCGCUGUGCACUGCAAGGCGGGUCUUGGUCGUACAGGAUGCUUGAUUGGCGCCUACCUUAUCUACCGUUACGGAUUUACCGCCAAUGAAGUAAUUGCCUUCAUGCGAUUCAUGCGACCCGGCAUGGUUGUCGGUCCUCAGCAACACUGGCUGCACCUUAACCAGGGCUCAUUCCGUGAGUGGUGGUUUGAGGACAGCAUGCGGGAGAAGCUGGCCCAGUCAGCUCCUGUGACCCCAGCUCGUGUGUCAACCAAGAAGCGCUCUAGCAAUGGAGUUGUCUCCACACCCCCCAACAACACUCACUCCAAGCGUGCUGCUCUAGGAGAAAUCGAUCACAACGAAGGUGCGGCUAGCCAGCAGAAUGAGGAAAACCUUCCAGCCCCAACGCCUGGUCAGCCCCGCAAGUCGCACCGAAAGGAUUCCCGUCACCACCCCUACGCCCGGACAGCUUCUGGAUCUUUGGCUGUGGAGCAUGAGCAACGCAGCCAGCGUGGCCACCGUCUAAGCAAUGAGAGCAGCGAGAGUGAAGAAGAGGCCCAGCUGCGGAUGUUGGCCAAGCGACCAUCACGAUCACCUGUCGCAUCCCCAACUACUCGAUCCAUCAGCUACUCGGCAACGGUCACAGCAAGCUACACUCUCACUGAUGAUAUCCACGAGGAUCGUGAAAACUGGGUCGAGAACUCCGCUCCUAAGACUCCUGUGACUCGUAAGAGUGGUGGUGCUCCAAUUUCUGUCAGCAAGGUUCGCUCGAGCCCUCGACGGGCAACGGACAGCUCCAAGAACGAAACACGAGGCGUUCGCAAGCCCAGUGGACGUAUUGGAAGCACAUCCAGCCCUGCUCGAGCCGUGCGGCCUGUGCAGUAA